AUGACAUCUUAUAGACUUAUCACUUUCGGCAUAGUUGCUUAUUUUCUAUACGCUUGGACAUUCGUGUGUCCUCCAAUAAGUCUACUAACCGCAACUGAUGAAGUGCAACUAUCACCUAUCAAUUUCCAUGUAUGCAAAGUCAGUGAUGGGUAUAUACGGCCAUAUGUACAGCCAGUCUAUGACGCGCAAAUCAAGCCAAUACUUAUCGAAUUGGAUGAUCAGUGGCAGCUUAGCGGCCGAUUGAGUCGUGCGUUGGAUAUCUGUGAUGCAUUUGAUGAGAAAUACGGUGUCAAAGCCGCAUUGGAUUUGGUAUUUGAUGGAUUGACAAGAUUUUACAAUUGGUUUGAACAUUCAGUGCUACGUUAUGUACAAUUAUGGCUGAGACUUGGACUACUUAAAGCUUGGUAUUGGAUUAAUGUGGCACGAGUCAAUGCCGACCACGCUUUGCAACCAAUUUGGACGUUUGUUGGUCAAAUAUUGCACAAUGUUGCAUCUAUACCGAUCGUGGGCCAAGUAUUGACCCAAAUCCAAGACGUUUAUGCACAGUUGAUAAAUUCCCCCGGUGCUGCCAAGUUGCACCAACGUAGUUUGUUCAUCCAGAAGGAAGUCAAGAAUUUGAUCAAGUUUGACGAAUUUUCACCUCGUGAAUUCAAGUCAAGUUUGAUACAUGUUGUCAAGGACUUGAUGGGGCAUAAAUACGAGCAGGAGGAAGCUGAAGAUGGUUGGGACUCCGAAGAAGAAGAAGAACAAGAAGGAGAAGUUGAGACUAUAGUACUCACUUCGACUGUAUCUGUUUACGAAGAUGGUGCAUUGGUUACUGAAAAUCCUGAGCCUGAGUUGGUUGAAAUAUAUCGAGAAAUUGAGCACUGGCAAACGAAAAUCAACAAGACAUUGAAUUUGGCCAGAAUCAAUCUUGAAUCUGAUUUGCAACCAAUUUUAAAUCGACUGAUUGAAGCAUUGAAGCCAUUGGUUAGUCAAGAAUUUCAAGAUUUGCAACAAGUCAAUUAUAAACAGUAUAAAGACAUUCAUGCAAAAAUCUCUCAGAUUAACAAAGAUGUCGAAAAGAUUCAAGCUAGUAACAAGACUAUUCGAGUGGAAACUAUAACCAGACAAGAAAUUAGGGAUGAUAUUGCUGAAAGCUAUGCUUCAACUAAAAACUGCUCAACCAAUGUACAGCAAUUGCUUUCAUCAACCCAUGAACAGUUGUUGGUUGAAUACUUCAAUUUGGUUCAAUCGACAAUUGACAUAUUGGAAUCAUUUGCCGACUCGUCAAUCAAUGAAUUCAACUCCAAGAUCUCGUACUUGAUCCAACAACAAGGUGAACAACUCGGUGAUUCGCAGAUAUGGACAAUUUGGAAAAACUUUCACCAAAUCAAGGACCAAUUUUUCCAAUUUAGAGAUGAUUUAUUAACAAAUGCAAAUUUGUACAAGAGAGAUAACAAGACGUAUGCUGCGAGUGCAAUUGGAAUGGAGAAUUGGAAUGACUAUUUGAAGAAUGUUGAGUUUCAUUUGAAUUUCCUAAUUAGAGAUAAUGCUGAUUAUUUGCAAUUGGUUCGUGCUAAGGCCAACUUGGCAUUUCAAGCGCGAGAAGAGUUGAUUUAUGAAAUGACUAAUGGGGAGGUUGAUCUGUGGGGUCAAUGA